AGGAUAUGCAGUGCCACACACCUCUAGAUCGAGGCCAAGUCUGGAUCGAUAUAAGGGUGUAUGGGUUGGACCAAACAACGUCAUCUAUCCAAAAGUAGAUCGCUCAUGAUGAACCUAGCUCGCACAUUGCUACCUCUCCAGUGUUCCAUCCGCAACUCGUUCCAACUUGCCAUAGCACCCAACGCUUACCAAACAGCUCUCUAUCGCCCUUUUGAACUCCCCCUUCCAAAUUCCGCUUAUUGCCAUAGCACAAUGUCCACAGCGCACGCAGCCGGAACGCCGGAAUGGCUCCAGGACACACUCGUGAAACUGCUGAACGCACCGCACAUUUCGUUCCCCAAACCAACAGGAGCGUUAGCUCAUAUACGUAUGGGACCUGGUCCCGUUGACCUGUUCAGCACUUAUUACUCCAACUUCUUCACGAGUGAUGCCAAGGGAAUCGUUGCAGGGAAAGAGGUCGACCACGAGGGACUAAAGGAGGCGUUGCUCCGGUUACAGAAGAAAUGGCAAGCUGAUGCGGCGAAAUUCAGCCCUCAAGCAUCGGUAGAGAACUCGGAGCAUCCAAUCGUCACCGUAAUCUCGUGGUCACCUCGAAACUUUAACAAGGACACCGCAGAGGUCAAAGCGUCCGCAGCUGUUCGUGAGGAGGGAGGUGCGACGCGCAUCAGUUCGUUGUCGUUGGAGGGCGAUGCCGAGCUCUUUGCAUAAUGAGGAUAUUCCGACAAACUAGGAGUAUAUGCGCGAAUUAUACAGCAGUCAAUUGUGUACAAUAGGCAGAGAAUGUGAUGACAUGCAUAUUCCCUUGCAGCAAAGUUUCUCUGAUCUGGUCGACGUGUCGUUCGGUGAAAUCCGU